AUCACCACAACAACAACAACAACGUGACGUAUGUUGGACGCGCUGGAGCCAAACACCACGCGACAGGGACCGACAAGAUGGCGACCGCUGCAGAGCCGGAGGAGCUGCGGCCUGAAGGAGAGGCGGAAGCCGCCAUGCCCGGGGAGGGUCCCAUUUCUAAGCUCACCGUGGUCGCCAUGGUGAAAUGAAGCCAGUGUGAAACGUCGACUCACGCACACACGCACAGACUCAAACACAGACGGUCAGUUAUUGACUGACACAGCCGGCCCGCCAGCUCGGCAGGCAGGCGUGUGUAAUGGACCGGUGUAAGCAUGUGGGACGGCUCCGGCUGGCCCCGGACCACUCCAUCCUCAACCCACAGAAGUGGCACUGCGUGGACUGCAACACCAGCGAGUCCAUAUGGGCCUGCCUGGGCUGUGCACAUGUGGCGUGUGGGCGCUACAUCGAGGAACAUGCUCUGCAGCACUUCCAGCAGCAGCACCACCCGCUGGCCAUCGAGGUUAACGAACUUUACGUCUUUUGCUACUUGUGCGACGACUACGUCCUGAACGAUAACGCCACCGGAGACCUGAAGCUGCUGCGUAGUACGCUCAGCGCCAUCCAGAGCCAGCGCUAUGAGGUAACAACCCGCAGUGGACGCACCCUCCGCUCGGCCAGCGCCGCCCCCGAUGCCCUCAUGCCAUCCGGUGCCCGCGAGCUGCAGCUGAGGGACGAGGACAGAAUGUUUACGGCGCUGUGGCACCGCCGCAGGGCGCUCAUGGGACGUGUCUUCCGCCUCUGGUUUGCACUGACUGAGUGUGGAAAGAAGAGGGAGGAUGAAGAGAGAAAGAGGGAGGAAGAGGAGGAGCAGAAAAGGGAGGCAAGGGAGAGGAGGCGGGCUCUAAAGAGGCAGCUACAGGAGGAGUUAGAGAAUGCCCCUCUCAGGAAGAGCCGUCGUUUACGUCGGAAGAUCAAGAGGGUACCAGAUGCGGUGGUUGCAACGCCGUCUCGGAGGACGCGCAACAAGGCAAUAACCCCCGUGACCCCCACUCUCACCCGCAGGCCAAGGACUCAGAGCCCUGUCACCACUACACCCAGGAGAAGUGGGAGGACGAAAAAGGUGCAACCGACUCCCAAACCCCGGACUCGUUCUUCCACCGCCAAAUCUAGACCCAAAACCCCCUCAACGACCCCCCGUUCUGUCCAAACACCUGUUCCCCGCAAGCAGAGUACCAAACAGGGUGGCUCACCCUUCAAACGGCGUCCCACAGUCACUCCUGGAGUGACGGGCCUGAGGAAUUUGGGCAACACAUGUUAUAUGAACUCCAUCCUGCAGGUGCUGAGCCACCUGCACGUCUUCAGGGAGUGCUUCCUGCGCCUGGAUCUGACCCAGGCGCUGGAGCUACUGGCGUCUGCCGUCCACGGACAACUGGCGGGGAAGACCUCGUCCCAGUCCCCCCUGAUCCAAAGGAAGGGAUUCCAGGCCAGUUCUGGUUCUGGGGCCGGGCUGAGCGGCGGGGCCUCCCGGGCCCGCAGCAUGGAGCUGAUACAACCCAAAGAGCCCAGCUCCAAGCACAUCUCCCUCUGCCACGAGCUGCACACCUUGUUCCAGGUGAUGUGGUCGGGCAAGUGGGCGCUGGUGUCGCCGUUCGCCAUGCUCCACUCGGUGUGGCAGCUGAUCCCGGCGUUCCGGGGCUACGCCCAGCAGGACGCCCAGGAGUUCCUGUGCGAGCUGCUGGACAAAGUGCAGCACGAGCUGGAGAGCACCGGCAAGCACACGACCACCGCGGGGGUCCCACAGAAACGGCUCAUCAAGCAGGUGCUCAGUGUGGUCAACACCAUCUUUCACGGCCAGCUCCUCAGCCAGGUGACGUGCCUGGCCUGCGACCAUCGCUCCAACACUGUGGAGCCGUUCUGGGAUCUGUCUCUGGAGUUCCCUGAGCGGUAUCACAGCAACAGCAGGGAGUCGGCCGCUCAGGCCUCGUGCCAUCUGACGGAAAUGCUGGCCAAGUUUACGGAGACUGAAGCGCUGGAGGGAAACAUCUACGCCUGUGAGCAGUGCAACUCGGCUCGGCGGCGGUCCUCCUCCAAACCGGUCCUCCUGACUGAAGCGCAAAAACAGCUGAUGGUCCACAAACUGCCUCAGGUCCUUCGGCUUCACCUCAAACGCUUCAGGUGGUCGGGGCGGAACCACCGGGAGAAGAUCGGAGUCCACGUCAGCUUCGACCAGCUCCUCGACAUGGAGCCGUACUGCUGCCUGGAGCCCUCGCCCUGCUCGACGCCCUGCUCGGCUCCCAGCAGCCCCGGCGCCGGGGGCUCGCCGCGCCCCAAGCACUUCCUGUACGACCUCUCCGCCGUGGUGAUGCACCAUGGGAAGGGCUUCGGCUCCGGCCACUACACGUCCUACUGCUACAACACAGAAGGAGCCUUCUGGGUUCACUGUAAUGACUCUAAGCUGCAUGUGUGUUCGGUGGAGGAGGUCUGUCGUGCUCAGGCCUACAUCCUCUUCUACACACAGCGAGUAACUCAGGACAAAGACCGGCCGCUAUAGGACCACAAUACCCCUCAUCAUCAUCAUCCUCAGCGAGAAGAAAUCAGCACAGCGCCACUAUUUCUCUUUCUUUGGGCAUUUUAUAUCCUGGGAGGAAAAAUAUCUUUUUAGUCUAUUUUUUCUACAACAAAGAAG